AUGCUCCUGUGCGCGGCUGUGUGCGAGGACCAGGGCGGGCGGAAGUACAUGGAGGACGUGACCGAGGUGGUGGUGGAGAGCCAGGCCGAGGAGAGGGACCUGAAGCCGGGGAGCGAGCAGGACGACAGCCCGGUGGAGGAGGACCGUCUGCGGGAAAGAGCGCAGGACACCGCGGGGAUGGAGGACUCUGCACAAACCAGCAGCUUUCCCAACUCCUCCCUCUCCCCCACAGACUCCUCCCCCUCACCCCCUGAAUCCGUGGCCUUCUUCGCAGUUUUCGAUGGUCACGGUGGGGCUGAGGCGGCUCGUUUCGCUCGUGACCAUCUGUGGAGCUUCAUAAAGAACCAGCGCGGCUUCUGGUCUCUCUGUGAUCGCUCUGUCUGCAACGCCAUCCGCCGAGGGUUUGUGGCCUGUCACCACGCCAUGUGGAAGAAGCUACCGGAGUGGCCCAGGACGCUCACAGGUCUUCCCAGCACCUCUGGGACCACGGCCAGUGUGGUGGUGAUCCGUGGAGACCGCAUGUACGUGGCCCAUGUGGGGGACUCGGCUGUGGUGCUGGGGGUGGAGGACCAGGCCUCCUCCUCAGUCCGAGCCCUGGAGCUGACCCAAGACCACAAACCCGAGCUGCCCAGAGAAAAGCAGCGCAUCGAGGGGUUGGGAGGCAGUGUGAUAAAGAAGUCUGGAGUGAACCGCGUGGUCUGGAAGCGGCCCAGACUGACCCACAACGGCCCAGUGCGGCGCAGCACCGUCAUCGAUCAGAUCCCCUUCCUCGCUGUGGCCAGAGCCCUGGGGGACCUGUGGAGCUAUGACUUCUUCAGUGGAGAGUUUGUGGUGUCUCCGGAGCCGGACACCAGUGUCGUGAUUCUGGACCCAAAGAAACAUCGCUACAUCAUCCUGGCGAGCGACGGCGUCUGGAACAUGCUCCCACCACAGGAGGCGGUCAACGUGUGCUACAACCACGACACCAGCAAGGUGUCCUGCACCUUGUCCAGUGCGCGGCAGCUGGUGUCGCUGUCGCUGGUGCGCUGGAGGCAGAAGAUGCUCCGUGCAGACAAUACCAGCGCCAUCGUGAUCCGCCUCAUCUGCCCUGGGACAGAAUACUGCCCUCUGCGGCGAGAGGAGAGACUCAUGGAUCUAAGCCAGAGCCAGAAGGAAGCACAGGUACAGAUACAGCCUGAUGAAGACGAGUCUCUCUUCUUGCCAUCGCUGGAUCGCUGCGACGGCCUCGCUGGAGAUUCCGACCUCUUCUUAUCUGACUCACCUCCCUCCUCCCCCGCCUCCCCUGCCUCCCCCUCGCUCUGGACCCCUCCCGCCUCCAAACGGACCAAACAGGACCAGGACCAAAGCCCGCCCACGUCACAGCGCCACCCAGAGGACACAGAGCAGAACGCUGCUUUCUGUAACACACAUUCACACACACACUGCACCUUCUCCACUAGUCCCAUCAUGGCCUCCCCGGUGGAUUACACGAUCGGAGGAGUGAAGAUCCAGUUCCCCUGUAAGGCCUACCCCUCCCAGCUCGCCAUGAUGAACUCGAUUGUGCGUGGUCUGAAUAACGGUCAGAACUGCCUCCUGGAAAGUCCCACCGGCAGCGGGAAGAGUCUGGCCCUUCUCUGCUCCACUCUGGCCUGGCAGAACCAACAGAUAUUGAAGUUCCAGCAGUCGUUUCAGUCUCAGGACGAGAAAAGUCAGAGUGAGAAAAGUGGAGGAGACUUGAAGAAGAAGUGCACCUGUCAGAACAAAACCAAACCUUCUCAGAGCUCCUCAAACCUCGUGGACCUCACUCAGUCCCCAGACCCAGUCCCUCAGGCCCAAAGCACCGUGGCUCCAGAGACGACAAAGCCAAAGUCCAUCGCGUCUCGUCUGUCGGAGAAACUGCAAACGUCUCUCCAGAGAGAAGAGGACGAGGAAGACGAGUUCAAACCAGACCGCAAACGCAUUCGGAGCGCAGAGACCAAGACUCGUAAAAAACCACGAACCGAGAAAGGAGUGAUUUUUCUCGACGAUGAACCGGAGUUUGAGAAGCAACCUUCACCACUGGACACACCUCCAGAGAGCAGACCUCCUCCUCCAGCCUCUAUGAACUCGUGUUGCCAUGAAUGCUCGUGUCCCGCGGCUGAGGAGGCGUCUGUCAAAAGGCCCAAAGUCCCUAAGAUCUUCUUCGGGACUCGCACGCACAAACAGAUCAAGCAGAUCGCACACGAGCUGAAGCGGACGCAGUAUUCCUCUGCUCCUAUGACCAUCCUGUCGAGCAGAGACCACUCCUGUGUGCAUCCCGAGGUCGCUCCACACGCCAACCGCAACGAGCGCUGCAAGGACCUGCGCGAGGGAAAAGACGGCCACUGUCGCUUCUACCAUAACGUCCAGAAGAUGAGCAGCCAAUGGAACCUGCAGAGGAACCAUGGACUGAACCAGGCCUGGGACAUCGAGGAGCUGGUGUCUCUGGGACGGAAGCUCAGGGCCUGUUCUUACUACGCUGCACGAGAACUGAUGCAGUCUGCAAACGUGGUCUUCUGUCCCUACAACUACCUCCUGGACCCACUCAUCAGAGAGAGCAUGGAGAUUAACCUACAGGGGCAGAUCCUGGUGCUGGAUGAGGCCCACAAUAUUGAGGACUGUGCGCGGGAGAGUGCCUCGUACUCCUUGGACCAGCAGAGUCUGAAGGUCUGCAGAGAGGAGCUGGACUCUCUGAUCAGAGGGAAGAUCAGAAUAGCACAACAUGAGCCUCUGAGAGACUUCUGCUACAGCCUCACCAAUUGGAUCCAGAGCAGUCAGGACCUGAUGGUCGAGCGUGGAUUUGAGAAUUCCUCCAAAGUUUGGCGAGGAACAGAAGUGGUUGACAUCUUCAAGAUGCUGGGAAUCACACCAGAGACCUUCUCACUGCUCAAGCAAUGCCUGGCCUCUGUGAUGGAGAAGGAGGAGCAGGUGAAGGACGAGACAGUAGAGCUUCCCACCAUCAGCUCUGUGUCUGCAACCGUCCUGAAGAGUGUAUUCAUGGUGCUGGACUAUCUGUACAGAGACAACUGCAGGUUUGCAGACGAUUACCGUGUGGCUCUGCAGAGGAGCUACACAUGGUCCAACCAGUUCCCUCCGGACGUACCAGAUGCGUUGGGCUUCAUUGUGAGGAGACACCGACAGCGAAGCACCAAAGUGAAGAUGGAAGUUCUGACUCUGAGCUUCUGGUGCCUCAACCCGGCUGUGGCCUUCUCUGAUCUGAGUGGCUGCGUCCACAGCAUCGUCCUCACCUCCGGGACUCUCUCUCCCAUGGGGUCGUUCUCCUCUGAGCUCGGAGUCAACUUUACUAUUCAACUGGAGGCCAAUCAUGUCAUCAACAAGUCACAGGUGUGGGUGGGCACCGUGGGGUCUGGGCCUCAGGGCAGGAAGCUCUACGCCACGUUUCAACACACGGAAACGUACGCUUUUCAGGACGAGGUCGGAGAUCUGCUGCUGCACGUGUGUCAGGCAGUGUCCAAGGGAGUACUCUGCUUCCUACCCUCCUACAAGAUGCUGGACAAGCUGAGAGACCGUUGGGGAAACACCGGUCUGUGGGAGAAGCUGGAGACUCUGAAGAUGGUGAUUGCAGAACCCCGUGGAGGAGCGAAAGGAGACUUUGAUGAUCUGCUGCAGAGCUACUAUGAGGCCAUCAAGCACACACAGCACCGAGACGGAGCGUUGCUAAUCGCGGUCUGCAGAGGGAAAGUGAGUGAGGGACUGGACUUUACGGACGACAACGCCAGAGCUGUAGUCACCAUCGGGAUCCCCUUCCCCAACAUCAAAGACCUGCAGGUGGAGCUGAAAAUGAAGUAUAACGACCAGCACUGCAGGACACGGGGGCUUCUGUCGGGGAACCGCUGGUAUGAGAUCCAGGCCUACAGGGCUCUGAACCAGGCUCUGGGCAGAUGCAUCCGACACAAAAACGACUGGGGAGCUCUGGUUCUGGUGGACGACCGCUACAGGAACAACCCCAACAAGUACAUCACAGGUCUGUCUAAGUGGGUCCGUCAGCUCGUCCUUCACCAUGACAACUUCCCAAAUGCCAUGCAGUCUCUGGUGACCUUCUCCCAGGAGCAGAGAUCCAGGACUGAGACCGGUGUCAGCCCCAGUCCCGCUCUGCAGUCUCCACCCAGCAGCACUGGAUUGAAGGAGACUAAAGAACCCAGGACCCCACUGUCCAAUUGCCCCGUCCUGAUCCAGAGGAGCCCCCCACCACUGAUGCACAACUCACACAUCCAAGAUCUGAAGUCUGCAUCUCCACAAACUCUGGCCCCUGUCCCCAAGUUCCCGCAGGUCUACCCAAUGUUCACCUCCAGCCCUGUCAACCCCAGCUACAGACGGCCCAUCUUCAAGGAGAAAGACUCAAAGCAGGACUCAAACACACCUGAAGUCACGGCCAAAAGUGAAAGUAAAGACUGUUUAAACCAGAGCGAAACACAGCUGAAAGAUGUGCCAGUUUCAGAUGAAGAGGACGAGACAGUCUUCUUCACUCCAGAACUGUUUGAGGGAGACGAGAGCGAGGGAAGUCCAGAGAAGGAGAAGGAGGAGGCCAUGCAGGGAGAGAGAGAAAGGAAGCAGAGAAGCAGCUCAACGACUGCAGGAGAAUCUGUAGGGAGAGUCAGAACACGAGCGAGAAGGACCAAAAGGAGAGCGACAAGUCAGAAACAAAAGUCACACGAAGCGGGGACAGACAUCAGGAGAGAAACCCCCUCUUCUACCUACCCCCAGUCCACUGUGUAUGACAUUGUGACGCCUGAAGCAAAGGAAACUGGACCUCUGCUGACACACGCGGCGGCCAUUUUGGGUCCUUCCGAUGAGAAGAGCCCAGAGAGAGCUAAAGUUAUUAAGAUACAGCGGAGCAGGAGAAGAAUACGGAACAGAACACAAAGCUCCAACAGGAGAAAGAGAGCCACUCAGAGUCUGUGCUGCUCUGGUCUCUGCUGUCGGUCCUGUGGGAAAGAGCUGCUUCAGAACGCACAUGGUGUUUUGAAGAGAGAGGUGUGUGAGUCUGCAGCUGUGUCCCUGCUGCUGCAACACAGACCCUCUGAGCUGCCUCUCUGUGGAUGUGGAGGAGGAGGAAGAGGAGCAGGAGGUGGUGGUGGUGGAGGUGAACCCUUUGAGUGGCAUCUGCUGCGGGUCCAGAGCCCAGCGGCUGUGAGUAGUCUCUGCUCAGAACUCCAGACGUUCAGAGAAGACCCCUGCACUGGUUAUAAUGCGGUGUGGCGCCCUGGUUCUGGCUCCGUCACCACGUUCCUUCGCUGUCGGAACUGUCCUGAGGCCGAGACCCCGACAGCUGCUCACGUGGUCUACCCCACAGAUGCUACACUCACACAGAUGUGGUUGACUCCGGCUUCUGUCUCGUACUGUUCUCUGGUCCUGGACUGA